AUGGAUGACAUUGAUGAUUUAUUAGCUACAUUGACAAAUACAAAUAAUACUAAAGCAUAACCAAACAAGAGUCCUUUCGAAUAUGGAAAUAAAAAUAAUAAAAAUUCCUCAGCUGAUUUGGAUGAAGAUGAUGAUAUUUUGGGUGGAUAUAAUCCUUCUGGUAUUUCAAAUAAUAAAGCAAAUGAUAAAAAAGCAAAUUCUUCAUCAGGAUUCGGUAUGAGUAGUAAACCAAGCACUGCAGGAGGCAAGCAAGGUUAGUAUGAUUUUGACGAUGUUUUGAAAUUGAUAGAAGAUGAUAAAAAUGAUAAGGGAUUUGGAAAAUCUAAUGCCAAUUCAUCAUUUGGUAUAAAGAUGUAAAAUAAUUAAAGCAGCAAGUAAUAAAGUACAUUCUUCGAUGACUUUGAUAUUGACCUUGAUGAUAACAAGAAUACAGGAUAUGCAAAAUCAGGAUACAUUCCAUCAUCAAAUCUUGAUCUUAAGAAAACUCAAACAGCUGUUAAGAAAGAUGACGAUGAUUACUUGGAAAAAAGAGCAUCUUUGUUUGGAGUGCCUUUAAACUCAAAAAUAAAUAGCAAUACAGCACCUGCAGGUAAUAAGCAAAAUAUGGGAGGAGAUAACUUUUCUGUUGGCUCAAGCAGAGAUUUAUUUAAAGAAAAAGACUAUUCACCCUUUGAAAAAGACAACUUUGAUGAUUUUAAAAAGAAGGACUAUUCUAAAUAAUAGUAAGGAAAUUAGCCUACUUUUCCAUCAGCUAAUAAGCUUGGGAAUGAUCGCUCAAAAAGUAUGUUAGAUGAAGAUGAUGAUUUUUUAAAUAUAGAUAAUUUUCAUAGCAGAAGAGGAAGAAGUUCCACAAGAAAAAUUAGUUAAAAUAUACAGCAAAAAGAUGAUAAAAGCAAUUCACCUUUGGCAGCUCCUUCUUCAGCAAAAAGAUCUGUCUUUGAUGAAAACCCUUCUAAAACUGCAAAUUAAUUAGAUGAUGACAACGAUCUUGGAGGAUAUAAUCCAACAUUAUCUAGACUACCUUCUAGAAAUAGAGGUUUGAAUAGAGAAAAAUCAGCAGAUAACAAUAAUUAAAAACCUCCUCGACUAUUAAAAACUCAUGAUGAAUUUGAAAAUCCAUAAAAGCCAUCAUAAACUCAAAAUAAUUUAUUUAGUGAUAAAAAUCUUUUUGAAGAUAACAAUAACAAAAGUACAAACAAUAUUUUUGCUGAUAAAAAUGAUAUGUUUGGGGAUACUACGACAGGAGGAGGAAGAAACGCAAAUAGAUUUGGGAAUACAAAUAAUUUAUAUCGAGAUAGAAAUGAUUUUGGAGAUUAUACAAAUUAAAAUAAUUUAAAUAACAAGUAAGACGAACCAAUUAUCAGCAACAAUAGAAUGGCUUCUGCUUAGAUACAACUUAAAACAGAUAAAAGUUCUAUUUUAGAUUCAUUAGAAAAACCAGGAGAUUCUCAUUUUAUGUUGCAAAAACCAAACACUCAAUAGUAGGUGUUUAGAAAUCAAUCAGAACUAAGUAACACUUAGCCUAAAUUAUUCAGCGAGGCGACUACUAAAUAAAUUACGUAUAAUACCACUCAAAGACAACCAGCUCAACCAUAAAUAGUUAGAGUAUAGGAGUCAUUCAAUUAAGAAGAGUCUUUUAGGCAUACUGAAGUUUUUAAUAAAGAAACAAACAGCCAAGAUUUUUUUAAGAAUACAAAAGUGUUUGAAGAUACAAAGAAAUAGAUUUAGGAAGAAACUAUGUAUUAAAUAACUAUGAUAAGAAAUAAUUAUGAAGGAUAGAUUCAGCUAAUGAGAUAAAAUCAUGAAGAGCAACUUCAGCAUGAAAAGAAAAUGAGAGAAAACAUAGUCGAGGAAAUGUAGAACCUAUUGAAAUCAGAAAAGGAGAGAUUGAAAAUGCUUCACGAGUCUGAAUUAAAAUCUAAAGAAGCAACUUGGGAUUAUGAAAAGCAACAAAUGCAAAGAACAUUUUAACAGGAAUCUGAAAUGCUGAAGAAGCAAAUCGAACAGCAAUAAAAAAUGAUAUCACUUGCAGAAGAAAUAAGACUAAAUGCAGACAAACUCAAUAAUUUAACAAACAAAUAUGAUAAUCAAAACGAAGUAAAAAGGAGCUAAGACGACGAUUUAAGAGAAAGAGAAGAAAAACUCCUUUUAUAAGAAAAGAAAAUAAGAGUAGAAUAGGAUUAUCUAGAGAAUGAAAGAAUACGUUUGAACAAGAUGAGAGAGGAUUUAGAUAGUAGAGAAUCUCUAUUAAGACAAGAAAUAGAUGCAGAAAAAGUGCUUCUCAAAAGAGAAUAUAAUAGGCUAUAAGAGUUAUAAGAUUAAAUAUCAUCUUAAGAAUAAGAUAAAAAAAGGUAAUUAAUCAUAGAGAGAUAAGAGUUGAUUAAUGAAAAGAGUGUCACCUAAGAUGAAAGAUUAAAGAUUAAGGAAGAAUAUGAAUAAAAAUACAGAGAUUUUGAAAUGUAAAUAGUUUUGUUUGAAAAACAGAGAUAAGCUAAUGAGGCUUAGAUAACAAAAUUAGAAGCCUUGCAUAAAUCUAAAAUAAGAGAAAAUGAAGAAAUAAGACAAAAGCUGAUUGACUAGGAGGAGAAUCUCUUAAAAAGGCAAAAGGUUUUAGAGUUGAAAGAGAUUGAAUUUAGCAGAAAAGAAAUGGAUUUCAAAAAAAUUUCAAGUGUGUCUUAUAAUGAGAGAAGCGAGUUAGAGGCAGAGUAGAAAAAGCUAUUUGAGAUACAAAAAAAAAUAUAAGAAGAACAAAGCAGUAUUUUGGAAUUCAGACAAACAUUUAUGCAUGAAAAAGAGAAACUAGAUAGGUAAUAGCAUGAAUUGUUUUUGAAAGAAAAGAAAAUAUAAUAAGAUGUUCGUCAUAUUGAAACUGAGAAGAGAGAUUUGUAAAUGAUGCAGAGAACAAUUCAAUCAUUAAAGAGUGAUGCAAUAAAGGAAUUUGAUAAUAAAAAACUUUCUGUAUUAAAUGCUUCUUUGAUCUCUUAAGCUUACGAAGAUAAUUCGUUUUUGACAAGAAAAGAAAACGUUAACACAUCAAACAUUAAUUACAACAUUCCUUCUAUGUAACACGCUAGAUCAUCAAGUUUACAUAAUAAUAAGCACAGAAGAGAUAAUAGCCUUAACGAAGUUCUUACAAAUAAUUUUGUACAAACAAGACAUAAUGAAACCUAAUAAGUAUUUAAAAAGCCUCCACUAAAUUAAACUCAUAACAGAGUUUUUUCAAACAAUGAAAAUAAUCCUUAUAAAAUAACUGUAAAUAACUAAGAGCAUAAGGCUGGUGCAAGUAACUCAAUGCAACCAUUCAACUUGAAUGAAUUUAUGACUUAGUUGAAAGUAAUUGACUAAAACAGUAAUUUUAAUUAAGCAUACAUCAACAAAGAAAGAGAAAAUUUGUUCAUUAAAGAGCAGUUUGGAUCUGAAUAUUUAAAUAGUCAUCUUAAUAAAGCGUCUGGCUCAUAUACUCAAUCUAAUUUCUAAGAUUCUUCUCCAUACAUAUAUAAGCCCUCUAAUUCUUCUGUUGAGUCUCAUUAAUGA